AUGUGGGAGCGGAAGAACCAGGCGAGGACGACCCCGCCAGCCAGGCGAAGAAAGACCCUGCUCUCGAGAACCCUGUUGGCUACACCCACGGCCAUCGCCCGGCAGCCGAGCCCAGCAGACCGGGCGAUCGUCGCCAGCCCAGCAGCCUCCCGGGCAACCCUGGGCCAGCACAUCAGCCCAGAGAAGAAACACUGGGCGCACUCGCACGAUUCUCACCCACAGCCAACCCGACAAGCCUCCAGCGCUGUCCCCGGCCAGCUGCUCCCAACAUACUCAACAAAAACAACCUGCAACCACUAG